CCGGCCGGGAGGACCCCGCGGUGCGGGGGCGCGGGAGGGCGCGUCCAGCCCGGCCCCGCGGGGUGCAAAGGCGCGCGGCAGCUCGCUGGCCGCCGGCUCGGACGUCCGCCCUGCCUCCCUGCCUCGCCCCGAGCUCGCACCUCCUCCAAUACCUGAGUUGGGAGCGGCACGGCCUCCCCCGCCCGCCCGCCACUCCGGCCCGGCCGCUGCGACGCCGUCGCCGCGGGAGUAAAGGUCGCGCCGGCAGGGAGCGAGCCGGCCGCGGCGCCUCCUGGAAGCCGGCGGGGCAGGUGGGGGAAAGGGACGGGAAACACUCAAACUCUCAGCCAGCCCAGGAAGAUGGCGCCAGGCGGGCCGGCCGCGGACUGAGCGCCGCGGGGGCAGCGAGGAGCCGGGACCCGCCGCCCGCCGGAGCACGAGCGAGAGUCCUCCGCCCGCAGGGCGCCCGCCCGGGGCUCGGCCGGGCACGCGGGGUCAUGUCGGUCAGCGAGCUCUACAGCCAGGGCACGAGGGUCUGGAUCCCUGACCCUGAUGAGGUGUGGCGCUCGGCCGAACUAACCAAGGACUACAAGGAGGGCGACAGGAGCCUCCAGCUCCGCCUGGAAGAUGACACUGUUCGGGAAUACCCCAUCGACGUCCAAAGCAACCAGCUGCCCUUCUUGCGGAACCCAGACAUCUUGGUGGGAGAGAAUGACCUGACUGCCCUCAGCUAUCUACACGAGCCUGCCGUUCUGCAUAACCUAAAGGUCCGUUUCCUGGAGUCCAACCACAUCUACACGUACUGUGGUAUUGUGCUUGUUGCCAUUAAUCCUUACGAACAGUUGCCAAUCUACGGGCAAGAUGUCAUCUACGCCUACAGUGGCCAAAACAUGGGGGACAUGGACCCCCACAUCUUCGCUGUGGCGGAAGAAGCCUACAAGCAGAUGGCCAGAGACGAGAAGAACCAGUCCAUCAUCGUCAGCGGCGAGUCCGGGGCCGGCAAGACCGUGUCGGCCAAGUACGCCAUGCGCUAUUUCGCCACGGUCGGGGGCUCCGCCAGCGACACCAACAUUGAAGAGAAGGUCCUGGCGUCCAGUCCCAUCAUGGAGGCCAUCGGAAACGCCAAGACCACUCGCAACGACAACAGCAGUCGCUUCGGGAAGUACAUUCAGAUCGGCUUUGACAGAAGGUACCACAUCAUCGGGGCCAACAUGAGGACCUACCUGCUGGAGAAGUCCAGAGUGGUCUUUCAGGCAGACGACGAGAGGAACUACCACGUCUUCUACCAGCUCUGCGCUGCGGCCAGUCUUCCGGAGUUCAAGGAGCUCGCACUCACUUGCGCCGAGGACUACUUCUACACGUCCCAGGGCGGAGACACGUCCAUCGAGGGCGUGGACGAUGCUGAGGACUUUGAGAAGACGCGACAAGCCUUCACGCUCCUCGGAGUGAGGGAGUCCCACCAGAUAAGCAUCUUUAAGAUAAUUGCUUCCAUCCUGCACCUCGGGAACGUGGCGAUCCAGGCGGAGCGUGACGGCGACUCCUGCAGCGUGGCGCCUCAGGACGAGCACCUCAGCAACUUCUGCCGACUGCUGGGGGUGGAGCACAGCCAGAUGGAGCACUGGCUGUGCCACCGCAAGCUGGUCACCGCCUCGGAGACCUACGUCAAGACCAUGUCGCUGCAGCAGGUGGUCAACGCUCGCAACGCCCUGGCCAAGCACAUCUACGCGCAGCUAUUCGGCUGGAUCGUGGAGCACGUCAACAAGGCGCUGCACACCUCCCUCAAGCAGCACUCCUUCAUCGGAGUUCUGGACAUCUAUGGGUUUGAGACGUUCGAGGUGAACAGCUUCGAGCAGUUUUGUAUCAACUACGCGAAUGAGAAGCUCCAGCAGCAGUUCAACUCGCACGUCUUCAAACUGGAGCAAGAAGAAUACAUGAAGGAGCAGAUCCCGUGGACCCUGAUUGAUUUCUACGACAACCAGCCUUGCAUCGACCUCAUAGAAGCGAAGCUGGGCAUCCUGGACCUGCUGGAUGAGGAAUGCAAGGUCCCGAAAGGAACGGACCAGAACUGGGCUCAGAAGCUGUACGACCGGCAUUCGGGCAGCCAGCACUUCCAGAAACCCCGCAUGUCCAACACGGCCUUCAUCGUGGUGCACUUUGCCGACAAGGUGGAGUAUCUCUCAGAUGGCUUCCUGGAGAAAAACAGAGACACCGUGUACGAGGAGCAGAUCAACAUCCUGAAGGCCAGCAAGUUCCCCCUGGUGGCCGACUUGUUUCACGAUGACAAGGACUCCGUUCCUGCCUCCUCGGCGUCUGCAAAGGGCUCGUCCGCGAAGAUCCACGUCCGCUCCGCCAGACCCCAGCUGAAAGCCGCCAACAAGGAGCACAAGAAAACCGUGGGCCACCAGUUCCGCACCUCCCUGCACCUGCUCAUGGAGACCCUGAAUGCCACCACGCCACACUAUGUCCGCUGUAUCAAACCCAACGACGAGAAGCUCCCCUUCCACUUUGACCCGAAGAGAGCGGUGCAGCAGCUCCGAGCGUGUGGGGUGUUGGAGACCAUCCGGAUCAGUGCGGCCGGCUACCCGUCCAGGUGGGCCUACCAUGAUUUCUUCAACCGGUACCGGGUGCUGAUCAAGAAGAGAGAGCUGGCCAGUGCAGACAAAAAGGAGGUCUGCAGGUCCGUCCUGGAGAGCCUCAUCAAGGACCCUGACAAGUUCCAGUUUGGCCGAACCAAGAUCUUCUUCCGGGCAGGCCAGGUGGCCUACCUGGAGAAGCUCCGGGCCGACAAGUUCCGGGCAGCCACCAUCAUGAUCCAGAAAACCGUGCGGGGCUGGCUGCAGAGGGUGAAAUACCGCAGGCUGAGGGGGGCCGCCUUAACUCUGCAGAGGUACUGCCGAGGACACCUGGCCCGCAGGCUGGCUGAGCAUCUGCGGAGGACCCGGGCGGCCGUGGUGCUCCAGAAGCAGUACCGCAUGCAGAGGGCCCGCCGGGCCUACCGGAGGGUCCUCGGGGCUGCCGUCGUCAUCCAGGCCUUCGUGCGGGGCAUGUUCGUGCGGAGGACCUACCACCAGGUCCUCCGGGAGCACAAGGCCACCAUCAUCCAGAAGCACACGCGGGGCUGGAUGGCACGCCGGCACUUCCGGCGGCUGCGGGGCGCGGCCAUCGUCAUCCAGUGCGCCUUCCGAAGGCUCAAGGCCAAGCAGGAGCUGAAGGCCCUCAAGAUCGAGGCUCGGUCGGCGGAGCACCUGAAGCGCCUCAACGUGGGCAUGGAGAACAAGGUGGUCCAGCUGCAGCGGAAGAUCGACGACCAGAACAAAGAGUUCAAGACCCUGUCGGAGCAGCUUUCCACAGUCACCUCCGCCCACGCCGUGGAGGUGGAGAAGCUGAAGAAGGAGCUGGCCCACUACCAGCAGAGCCGAGGUGGGGACAGCAGCCCGAGGCUGCAGGAGGAGGUCGAGAGCCUGCGGACCGAGCUGCAGAAGGCCCACUCGGAGCGCAAGGUCCUGGAGGACACCCACACCAGGGAGAAGGAUGAGCUGAGGAAGCGCGUUGCCGACCUGGAGCAAGAGAACGCCCUCCUGAAGGAUGAGAAGGAGCAGCUCAACCGCCAGAUCCUGGGCCAGUCGCAGGAUGAAUUUGCCCAGAACUCCGUCAAGGAGAAUCUCCUGAUGGAGAAAGAGCUGGAGGAGGAGCGUUCCCGGUACCAGAACCUCGUGAAGGAAUAUUCCCGGUUGGAGCAGAGAUACGACAACCUUCGGGACGAGAUGACCAUCCUGAAGCAAACCCCGGGCCACAGGCGGAACCCGUCAAACCAAAGUAGCCUCGAGUCGGACUCCAAUUACCCCUCCAUCUCCACGUCCGAGGUCGGAGACACGGAGGACACCCUUCAACAGGUGGAGGAGAUCGGCCUGGAGAAGGCGGCCAUGGACAUGACGGUCUUCCUGAAGCUGCAGAAGAGAGUGCGGGAGCUCGAGCAGGAGAGGAAGAAGCUGCAGGGGCAGCUGGAGAAGAGAGAGCAGCAGGACAGCAAGAACGUGCAGGUGGAACAGCCAAGGAAUGACGUGGAUCUGGACCAGGAUGCCGACCUGGCCUACAACACGCUGAAGAGGCAGGAGCUGGAGUCGGAAAACAAGAAGCUGAAGAACGACCUGAACGAGCUGAGGAAGGCCGUGGCCGGCCAGGCCACGCAGAGCAACUCCGCCCCCAGCUCCCCUGACGGCUACAGCCUCCUGCUGAACCAGCUCAGGCUGGCCCACGAGGAGCUGGAGGUCCGCAAGGAGGAGGUGCUCAUCCUGAGGACCCAGAUCGUCAGCGCCGACCAGCGCCGGCUUGCCGGCAAGAACGUGGAGCCGAACAUCAAUGCCAGAACAAGUUGGCCUAACAGUGAAAAGCACGUGGAUCAGGAAGACGCCAUCGAGGCCUAUCACGGGGUCUGCCAGACAAACAGCAAGACUGAGGACUGGGGCUAUUUAAAUGAAGACGGAGAACUCGGUCUGGCCUACCAAGGCCUAAAGCAAGUUGCCAGGUUGCUGGAGGCGCAGCUGCAGGCCCAGAGCCGCACGCACGAGGAGGAGGCAGAGGCCCUCCGGGCCCAGGUGGAGGCCUUGAAGGAGGAGCUGGACCGGCAGCAGCAGACCUUCUCCCAGACGCUGCUGCUCUCCCCCGAGGCCCAGGUGGAGUUCGCCGUCCAGCAGGAGAUGUCCCGGCUGACCAACGAGAACCUGGACCUUAAAGAGCUGGUAGAAAAGCUGGAAAAGAAUGAGAAGAAACUCAAAAAACAAUUGAAGAUCCACAUGAAGAAAGUCCAGGACCUAGAAGCCAUCCAGACGCUAGCCCACAGCGAGAAGAGGCGCCACGAGCUCAACAGGCAGGUCGCCGUCCAGCGGAAGGAGAAGGACUUCCAGGGCAUGCUGGAGUACCACAAGGAGGACGAGGCCCUCCUCAUUCGGAACCUGGUGACAGAGCUGAAGCCCCAGGCGCUGGCGGGCACGGUGCCCUGUCUCCCUGCUUACAUCCUCUACAUGUGCAUCAGGCACGCGGACUACAUCAACGACGACCUCAAGGUGCACUCCCUGCUGACCUCCACCAUCAACGGCAUUAAGAAAGUCCUCAAGAAGCACAAUGACGACUUUGAGAUGACCUCAUUCUGGCUCUCCAACACCUGCCGCCUGCUUCACUGUUUGAAGCAGUACAGUGGGGACGAGGGCUUCAUGACUCAGAACUCCGCCAAGCAGAAUGAGCACUGUCUGAAGAACUUCGACCUCACCGAGUACCGCCAGGUGCUGAGUGACCUCUCCAUCCAGAUCUACCAGCAGCUCAUUAAGAUCGCCGAGGGCAUGCUGCAGCCUAUGAUCGUUUCGGCCAUGUUGGAAAACGAGAGCAUCCAGGGCCUGUCCGGAAUGAAGCCGACGGGCUACCGGAAGCGCUCCUCCAGCAUGGCGGACGGGGAUAACGCCUACUGCCUGGAGGCCAUCAUCCGCCAGAUGAAUUCCUUCCACACGACCAUGUGCGACCAGGGCCUGGACCCCGAGAUCGUCCUGCAGGUGUUCAAACAGCUCUUCUACAUGAUCACCGCGGUGACGCUCAACAACCUGCUCCUGCGGAAGGACGUCUGCUCCUGGAGCACAGGCAUGCAGCUCAGGUACAAUAUCAGUCAGCUUGAGGAGUGGCUCCGAGGAAGAAACCUUCACCAGAGCGGAGCCGUGCAGACCAUGGAGCCUCUGAUCCAAGCAGCCCAGCUCCUGCAGCUGAAGAAGAAAACCCCGGAGGAUGCCGAGGCCAUCUGCUCCCUCUGCACCUCGCUCAGCACUCAGCAGAUUGUAAAAAUUUUAAACCUUUAUACUCCCUUGAAUGAAUUUGAAGAACGAGUGACAGUGGGCUUUAUACGAACCAUCCAGGCCCAGCUCCAGGAGCGGAGCGACGCCCAGCAGCUGCUGUUGGACUACAAGCACAUGUUCCCUGUCCUGUUCCCCUUCAACCCGUCCUCGCUGACCAUGGACUCCAUCCACAUCCCAGCGUGUCUCAACCUGGAGUUCCUCAACGAAGUCUGAAGACGCACGGCUCCAGCCUGGGCCCAGCUGCCAGGGAGAGCGAGGAGGGGGCACACAGGGAAGCCCGUGACAGCGGGUCGGAUUGGAGAGCGAGGGGAUGGGCGGAGUGCUGGCCUGUACAGAAUAAGACAUCUGCCACUAUUUUUUGUACCUACUGCUCAGAAUAAAAACACUUGAAAUGUG